GUUGGUGUGUGUGGGCCAUCCCGGCGGGGCAAAGGGGAGUUCAAGGAGACGUGGGGGGCGACGCGGCUGAGGGCUCUAGGUCAGGGCUGGGGCUACCGCCGUCAUGCCGGGGAUAGUGGAGCUGCCCACUUUGGAAGAGCUGAAAGUGGAUGAGGUGAAACUCAGCUCUGGUGUGCUUAAAGCUGCGGCCCAUCACUAUGGGGCGCAAUGUGAUAAACCCAACAAGGAGUUCAUGCUUUGCCGUUGGGAAGAGAAGGAUCCCAGGAGGUGUCUCAAUGAAGGCAAGCUGGUCAACAAAUGCGCUCUGGACUUCUUUAGGCAGAUAAAGCGUCAUUGUGCAGAGCCUUUUACAGAAUAUUGGACUUGUGUCGAUUAUACCCGCCUGCAGUCAUUACGUUACUGUCGCAAACAGCAGGCAAAGUUUGAUGAGUGUGUGCUGGAGAAACUGGGCUGGGUACGGCCUGACCUGGGGGAUCUUUCCAAGGUCACCAAAGUGAAAACAGAUCGACCUUUACCGGAGAAUCCCUAUCACUCAAGGCCAAGACCGGAGCCCAACCCUGAGAUAGAAGGGGAUCUGAAGCCUGCCAAACACGGCAGCCGCUUUUAUUUCUGGAGCCUGUAAGGCUGCAUCCAGGGCCCACCCUCGGUCAUGCAGCCUCACUGGGGCAGACGCCCAUGGAGUUUGCAUCCCCCGAUAUUGUGUUCUUUCCUGGAUCACAAACAUUAACAAAAAUGUUAAUUUAUGUGACUUGGCAGUUAUUCUAUACAAUUUCCUGUCCAUUAAAAUUUCUAAAGGAAA